AUGUUGUCAGAUCAAUUAGAGAAUGCGAUGCCGACGGUGUAUGAUAAAAAUCCACGGCGAUGGAAACCGACGGAGUCAGAUUUCGAUCCGGAUACCGUUGAUCCAAUCAAUGUGCAGGAAAUUUUUGAUUACCUG